AUGGUGAUAGUGAUCCUCCUGACCGCCGGACUCUCAAUAACAGUCUUGAGCUCGCUAAGCUCGUCAACACCCGACUACAUACCUACAUCAGACAGCUCACAACGACAUAAACAACUAGACCCAGACACAGCCGUCCUGAACCUAGAAACAGGCUUCCGCGCCCCGAAAGUAGAAGGCGUGCAUCUCACCUCCGACCUCGAAUCUGAAUCCCUCUGGGAGCGCAACCGGCAAUACGCCAUUGUCAUAGACGCGGGAAGUUCCGGGUCGCGCGUGCAAGUGUAUUCAUGGACAAAUCCGGCGUUUGCGCGCAAGGCGCUCGGUCAAAACGCCAUGAAUAGAUUACCCGUCAUCGAAAAGGGCGACGAGAAGGGCGAACGCUGGACGUUCAAGGAAGACCCCGGAAUCUCCUCUUUUGCAUCAAGACCCGAAGCCAUCGGGUCACAUCUCCAACCUCUUUUGGAUUUCUCAGACAGUGUGAUCCCCAAACGGAAACGCGCCCAGACCCCCUUGUACCUCCUCGCCACCGCCGGCAUGCGGCUAGUCGAACCAACCGCCCGCGACCGCCUGCUCGACCGGACAUGCCAGUACAUCCGCUCCCACUCCCCCUACCGUCUCGACGGGGGCUGCGCCUUACACGUACGUGUCAUCUCCGGCGAGCUAGAGGGCAUCUACGGCUGGGUGACGGUCAACUACCUCAAGAACGGGUUCGACGUCGCCAACGACCCCAACACUCCCAAAAAACAUACGUUUGGAUUCCUGGAUAUGGGCGGGGCGUCGACGCAGAUUGCAUUCCAGCCGACGCGGGAUAUGGCCGAACGGCAUAGCGAUGAUUUGACGACGAUGAAGUUGAGGUUCUUGGAUGGGGUGGAGAUGACUUAUCGCGUUUUUGUGACGACUUUCUUGGGGUUUGGGGUGAAUGAGGCUAGGAGGCGGUACCUAGAAGGUUUGACCGCCGCGGAUAGUUCUCAUACGGAUACGACCAAUUUGCCAAUCCCCGAACCCUGCCUCCCCACUGGCCUCCUCUACAAAGACCCCCACCUCGCCUCCACGACGCCCACCCCAACCUUCCUCGGCACCGGCUCCUUCACCCAAUGCCUCACCUCCCUCCUUCCCCUCCUCAACAAAUCCCUGCCCUGCCCAGAUCGCCCCUGCCUCUUCAACGGCGUGCACGCGCCCGUCUCGAACGCGUUGCACUUUCUGGGUGUGAGCGAGUACUGGUACACCGCGUCGGACGUGUACGGCCUCGGAGGUAGCUACAACCACUCCCUUUUCCUGGACUCCACCACAAAGUUCUGUUCACAGCCGUGGCCGGAGAUCCAACAACACUUUGGUGAAAAGCGAUGGCCCAUGGUGAACGAUAUCGACCGGCUGAAACUCCAGUGCUUCAAAUCAGCCUGGAUCAUGAGUGUCCUGCAUGACGGGCUUGGCGUGCCGAGGGAGAUGGUGCGUGUGCCGAACGAUGAGGAUGACAGUGGGAGGGGGGUGGAUGUGCAUGGCGAGGGUGCGAGUUCCGAUCCGGCGUUUGAGAGUGUGAACGAGAUUGGGACGUUUAGUGUGAGUUGGACGUUGGGGGCGAUCUUGCUGCAUGUUGCUGCUACUAUACCGAGGGCGGACGGGGAAGCGCAGGGGGUGGUGGGGAGGGUGGUGAAGUGGGUUUUGGGGAUGGUUUUGAUGGGAGGUGUGGGAGGGGGACUGCUGUGGCAGUGGAGGAAGAGGAAGCGGCUGACAAGGAAGUAUUCGGAUGUUGCGCAGGUUGAUCCGGAUGGGGUGGGAAGGAUUGAGAUUGUUUAUGAGCGGCCGAGGUGAUUGCGUAGUCAGCUAUGUUUUUAGCUACAUUACAUCUCCCCUUAUAUCGGGAUCCUUUGUAAAAAGGCAAUGCUUUCAGUUGAGUAAUCCCUUGAUGCAAUAAUAUUGUUCCAACGAUCGU